GCGUUCCUCCGAACCGGCACAUGUAUAGCCUGAUUUUGCGGUUUUCGUAGCUGCACAGAUAGCUAUGAGGCUUAGGUGGGCCCCUGUGCCACACAUCUAAAGAUAUGUCAGGUAUAGCCCACCUCGAAUCCCCUCGUCAUGAAUUGUGAGGGAGCCUCUUUUCUAUGCCUGCUUGGAUCUAAUUAACUUUCGCACUGCCUUCUACGUUGACUUCCGACUUAAUGUAGUCCUUUUGUCCUCUUGCUAUCCGUUGGUGCUCCUACUUCUGUGUUGUAAAGUGAUCCGAGGACGCCAGCAAUCAGGCCACCAGUGCCCCCAACUGUUCAUUGCGUUUGGUGAAGUCGGAUUCCAAACGAAGAUGACUUCAGAAAUCUUCCCCGAGCCGUCCAUACCCGCUUCGAGCAACAUUGCGAGGAGGAGUGUGUCUAUAUUCAGCCGCAAAGGAACAGAGACACCCGUUCAGAUAACACAAGCCUUUCCAUUCUCAGGAACAAACAUGACCAGUGAACCGCCAACAUCUCCCACCACCAGCUCAGGGAAAAUAAAGAGCAAGAGAUGGACGCUGGGUGGGCGUGGGGAUGUUAAACCUGGAGGUACAAUCCUGCGAGCUGUGCCAAAAGAUGCGCCAAAGACAAACAUGACGCCUUUGGAGCGAGAGAUGGCUACCUCUCCUAACGAUGAGAUCUUACGGGCGAUAGGUCGUACCGCUGAAUCUGCGCCCACGUCACCUAUUGGCGCUUCAAGCCCACUUACCGACAUCACAAACGUUUCGCCUCAGCGAUACUAUUCGAAAAGAUCGAAGCACAGCCGACAUGAUUAUCUAGGAGUCUGGAGGGAUGGGCAAGUACAGUGGGACAAGGAAAAUCAGAAACGGGAGGAAGCGCUGGCUUCUUCGAGGCCAAAGACAUCUGACGGAAGCCGAUGCUCGAGCUCCAACAUGGAACAACCAAAGAAAUUGACGAAGCCGAAGAUCCACGUCAUCAUUCCGGACAACCACUCUAGCAAGCGUCCUUUUAGCUUCAUUCCAUUCUUCCACAAUGGAUCCAGCGAGAAUACGACAACGCCGUCUGUUCAUGUCGUGUCGCCACCCUCAGUGACGAGUGGAAUGUCUUCGGCCUCAGUCGAGGUCUCUGCUAUAACACCAACGGCGAUUUACAGACCCAGGCCAUACCGGCCUUUCCAGCCGAUUACGACCUCAAUUGAUCAGUCACCAGCAUUUGAAGGUGGCCUCGUAGCUGAGCGACCACCACAUUCGCGUACAAUAUCCAUCAACUCGAGUGGUUCUGAUUCUGACGGAGAUGACAAUGCCUCUCUCGUGCGCAGCAGCCGGUCAUCCAUGACCAGCAUUGGCGUGCACAACGAGGAGCAACGAACCCAGAAAGGCGGGGACUUGAGCAGACGGGGCAGUAGCUCGUCUGAGGCAUCUUUCGAAAAAGAUGAUGACUCUGAGAGGAUCAGCAAGAUCAGGGUCGAGACCACGAUCGAGCAGACUUGUGUGAAGAACGUUGCAGUGGAAGGCCCACGGAUGAACGACAUGGUUGAUUUGAUGCGGAGCACCAGCACACACAGGCGCUCAAAUAGCGGACGCAAGCAGCGACUGUCCUCAUCGCGAGGCCAGAAGAAGCUUGCUAGGAUCAAUUCGAAGGAGGAGCUCAAGCUGAACGCCAACGAGACUCUGUCUCUCGAUGAGGCAGUGCGAGACCUGGAAGAUUCGCUUUCCAGUUUCAAAUACGAUCUUGACGGGGCUGAUGCACCCGAGGUGGUUGAACAGCCCAUGUCGCCGAUCCCUGAGAUUGUUCUCUUGCCUGUCGACGCACCGCCUGCCCUACCUAGGAAGUCAAGUAAGCGCGCGAGGUUAUCUUGCCCGCCAGCCUCUACUGUAGAAGCUCCGGCUCCGUCUACUAAUCCUCCUAAAGCCACUGAGCCAGUUCUUUCUUCACCAGACAUCUCCAUGCCGACCGUUAAACAUGCACCUACACCACCGGUGUUCUCUCCAUCCAAUGCGAGUUUUACGGCGAAAAUGGAAGCUGCGCGCCUCGCUCAAAGGCGGCAACAAAUGCAAAGCCACCGCCGUGAGAGGCGAGAAUCUUAUGGUAGGCUGAGGCGAAGGAGUUCUGUGCGAUCUGUUCUUUCGCUCGUCCGCGAGGAAGACGAAUUCCAGAACGUAGAUUCGAAUGCUGCUGAACAAGUCGUCUUCCAUAUUCUUUCAAGUUUGGAUUCGAUGGAUGAUCUAUUCAACGCUGCGUUGAUCACCAAGGGCUUUCAUUAUAUUUUCAAGCGUUAUGAGCUCGAUCUCAUGCGUAGCACUCUUCGAAAAGAAUGUGCCCCAGCGUGGGAGUUCAGAGAAGCGUGUCUGCCUGUGGAUGAAGAUCACGAAAACAGUGCCGCUCCACCGCCAGACUACACUCCUCAGGCAUACUACCAGGGCUACAAGUCGGAUUGGGCAACUGUGACUGCCCUUGAGCAGCUGAUUUUGCAGCAUUGCUCCUCUUUGCUUCGUGCUGAGACGAUCGAAGCUUUGCAACAGGCCGACUGCUCGAACGUUCACGCAGCUUUGUUUCGCAUCUGGACAUUCUGCCAUAUCUUCGGCUCAGGAAGGGGCCGCGAAGAUGAUAUCAUUGCGCAAAUGGACUGGCUGCGCGGCGGGGUUCUUGCUCAUCAGGAGAGCUGUACGAGCACAAUAUCCGCUCACGACUCUUUCUACAUAAGCACAGUCUUGCUGAACGCACCUGAACACUUUGGGCAAGGCAACGCUGGAGGGUUGUCGGCGGAAGAACUUUACGACAUCCUCGAGAUAUGGAGCUGCCUGAUCAAGCUUACAAGCGGCGUGGUUGGUCAGACACAGCAAGCGAGGCAAUUUGGUAUCUACGAUAGGACUGACGUCGGUGGAGGUGAUAUCGAUGGUGAGGAGGCGUUACUUGAAGAGUGGCAUGCUUAUCUUCUUACGCUUGGCCUGGUGCCUAUUCUUGAUAUCAUCACCGCCCUCGUCAACGGCGAAUCACACUCUGCAUUUGCAGUCGCACAAUACAAGGGUCUUACAACCUGGGAACCUCCUCUCCUCGGCAGUUCAAGAAGCGCGUUCCUUCACGAAGCAGUUUCGCGCCUGUACGAGGAGCGUAUCUGCGCAACAUUCUCUCCAGAGCAAUCUCAUCUUACCGAGCUGCGCUCGAUCCGCCGAGCUCGCGAUUCAGAACUCUAUCAGCGACGCUUGAGUGUACGAAGCAUGCAAUACCCUUCACGACAGACCUCUCUGAAUCGUGAGUGGGGUUCAUUCCGGAGUAUGUCCGGUCCAUCAGCAACUCCCACCAGCCCAUUCAACACGGUGCCUAGCCAUCCCACUACUAACGUACCACUUCUACCACCAUUGCGCCCGGCUACUAUCUUACCUCGCAAACCCGUACCACAUUAUGGCUCAAGAAGGGGUGCUUAUUACCCAGUAGACGAACCUAUUGCAGAGGAGUUGCCACCUUAUGACCGCAGAGCUGAAGCUGAGGCGGAGCGUAAGCGCAUGCACCCUCUUCAACGUGCUUUACAGGUCGAAGACUCAGACCCGAGUCAGAAUUCGGCAGAUAAGGCCGUUUCCCGCAUUGUGGAGAUGGGUUUCACCAUUGAGGAAGCGAAAGGCGCUCUCAAGAUCACAGAUAUGGGCGACGGACUUCGCGUUGAUCGUGCUGUGGAGUAUCUGAUGCGCGCAAAAGGCUUCAAUUGAAAAGAAACAGGAUAUUUUGCUUCUCUCGAAUAUAAAUCGGUUCAUUCGUCUAUGUGUAACGUAUGGUAACGGAGAAGGGUUUUGUUUGGAUAUCGGUUGCGGGCAUCGCGCUUGAAUGAGCAUAAUUUCAAGGUCCGAUCCCUACUCUUCUUUUUAUAGUGUGUACAUGGAGGGCUUUCUCUCCAUACGAUACCCAGAUUGAUGUAGCUUUCAAAAUGCUUCAGAAC